ACAAAAAAUGGCAAAGAAACCCAAGAAUUCGCCUGAAAAAUCAAAAUAUUCUUCUGAUACUUCUUCCUCAUUAUAUUCGCAAACUUGGCUUGCUUCCGUUGUAAUUAUAGGACUCCUCGUUGGAUACAUCAACUACCAACAUGUCUACACAUUAUUCGAAAACGACAAACAUUUCUCCCAUUUGGCGGACUUUGAACGCGAGAUGGCAUAUCGAACGGAAAUGGGUCUCUACUAUUCAUACUAUAAAACAAUAAUCAAUGCACCAUCAUUUCUUGAGGGUGUUCAGGAGAUAACACAUGAUACUGUGACAGAACAUGGACACGAGAUUAACACACUAAAUCGAUUUAAUUUAUAUCCAGAGGUAAUCCUUGCAUUUCUGUACCGCCCAUUCCGAGCAUUUGCCAAAUCAGCGAAUUGGCAAAUCGAACUAUGCUGGCAAGUUAAUCGAGGAGAACUUCGGCCUGUUGAAAGUUGUGAAGGAAUUGGAAAUCCUCAUUAUUUCUAUAUAACCGGAGUUUUCAUUGUGGCUGGAACUGUAGCUUCAUCCAUUUUUUAUUUGGGUGUUCUUGUUAGUGAUUCAAUAUUCGGAGGAUUCUUGUCAGUAUUAUGUUUUGCAUUUAAUCACGGAGAAGCAACUCGAGUUCAAUGGACACCUCCUCUUCGGGAGAGCUUUGCUUUUCCGUUUAUUAUCGGGCAUAUUGCGAUUUUGACAUUUGUUAUCAAAUAUAAAAAGUCUGGUCACUCAAUGAUUCUUCUUUUAACUUCCAUGGCAGUUCCAGCUCUUUUAUUCUGGCAAUUCACCCAAUUUGCAUUUUUCACACAAAUUUGUUCAAUAUUCUUAGCGUUUUCACUGGAUCUGAUUCCAUUCUCUACUGCUAAAACAGUAAUUCAUUCUCAUAUCAUUUCAUUUCUCAUUGGAUUUUUGCUGCUUUUUGGUAACGAGAUGAUGAUUACUGCAUUGUAUUUUCCAAGUAUUUUGGCAUUGGGGAUGAUCAUAUACAUCUCUCCUCUACUCUCAAAUCUUAAAUUCCGUCCAGCUUAUGUUCUUUUCCUGGCUAUCAUCUUUGCAUCAAUUACUCUUGGGCUUAAAAUUGGAUUGUCAAAAGGACUUGGAAUUGAAGAUGAUGCUCAUAUCUUUGAUAUUCUUCGUUCAAAAUUCACAAGUUUUGCCAACUUUCACACGAGACUGUAUACUUGUUCAGCUGAAUUCGAUUUUAUUCAAUAUUCAACAAUUGAGAAAUUGUGUGGAACACUUCUUAUUCCACUUGCCCUCAUUUCUCUUGUCACUUUCGUUUUUAACUUUGUGAAAAAUACGAAUUUAUUAUGGAGGAAUAGUGAAGAAAUUGGAGAAAAUGGAGAGAUUCUAUAUAAUGUGGUCCAACUCUGCUGUUCAACUGUCAUGGCAUUCCUGAUAAUGCGUCUCAAACUAUUCAUGACACCUCAUUUAUGUAUUGUUGCUGCACUUUUUGCAAACUCCAAGCUGCUGGGGGGAGAUCGAAUAUCAAAAACUAUACGAGUUUCUGCUCUUGUUGGAGUGAUCGCAAUAUUAUUUUAUAGAGGAAUUCCAAAUAUCCGUCAACAGUUGAAUGUCAAGGGAGAAUACAGUAAUCCUGAUCAAGAAAUGUUGUUUGACUGGAUUCAACAUAACACCAAACAAGACGCUGUGUUCGCUGGAACAAUGCCAGUAAUGGCAAAUGUGAAGCUCACAACUCUUAGGCCAAUUGUCAAUCACCCUCAUUAUGAACAUGUUGGAAUACGUGAACGAACUCUGAAAGUGUAUUCUAUGUUUAGUAAAAAACCAAUCGCGGAAGUUCACAAAAUAAUGAAAGAAAUGGGUGUCAAUUAUUUUGUUUUCCAACUUAUGAAUUGUUCAAAUGAUGAGAGGAGGCCAGAAUGUGUUUAUCGUGGAAUGUGGGAUGAAGAAGAUCCAAAGAAUAGUGGUCGAACAGCUCUUUGUGAUCUUUGGAUACUUGCUGCAAAUUCAAAAGACAAUUCACGAAUAGCUCCAUUUAAAAUAGUUUAUAAUGCUAAUAGGAAUUAUAUUGUUUUGAAAAUCUGAUUUUUUUCUAUUUUGUUUUUAAAUUUAUUUAUUUAGUUCCAGUAUUUUUCUGUAAUUCCAAAACGAUGAAAUCAAAUGAACCGGUACUGUAUGUUG